CUCUGAAGGCAAUUGGACGACAUUGGAAUCUGAAACGUUGAACACGAGUGGUGUCAUCUCAUUUGUAAAUCGAAGACUGAAGCCAAUAUGAAGAGACUGAUCGUUCUGUUGGCCACUGUUUGUGUUGCUACUGGUAUUCAAUACGAUGGACUAAGAGUUAAAUUCGGGUGGUCAGACGCAUUGGCUGACGUGGAAUACUUCUACAAGAUCCCUCGCAGCAUGAUGGAGGCGGAGGCGGCAGGCUGGCGGCGCACCAGUAGACCAUCAGACCAGCUGCCGGACCUCAGGAUGUACUGCAUGGCCAACAGGUGUGUCUGCGCGCUCUACGACGUUGGAGGGUUCGUUGCGGGCCUGCAGAUCGCUCUGCCAGUAGACGAGUUCGAGGCCCUCGGUGAGAAGCCGGAGAUGAAGAUGAACAAGUGGCGCGCGCAGGCUGCCUUCGGAGAGCCAAGCAAGGAGUACUGGGUGCUGCCGCAGUUCUUUGUCUCUGAUGAAUCCUUGAAGGCGGGAGCGGGGCCGCAGAUCGAAAACGGCGCGACGCUGCAAGAUGGCGGCGUGUGGGUCUACGGGCUGGACGCGCGACUCAUGCGCAUCCCCACCACGGAAGCCGAACUCAACACCACGGCCUUCAAGAAGCAGAACUGUAUACCUAACAUGGGUACCCACUACUACUACAACAUGACUCCUCAAAUGCGGUGCGAGGAUCUGUUGCCGUGGUUCGUGCUGGUCUCCGAGGGAGAGGUGAUCGGCUCCGGGUUCCAGUUCUUCGGCAAGCUGGCCAAGCAGCGGCACCGCGAGUGGUUCGAGAAGACCCCCGGAGGGAAGACGAGCGCGAAGCUGACCAUCCCGUACGGACCACCGUGUCUCUACGAGUGGGCACAAAACUAUGGACUCGUCAGCCUGCACAUCUACUAUGUGGACAAACCCUGGAACAUUCGUUGCAAGGACGGCGACUCCAUCAAACCAGCCCCAGCUCUAGACAGGAUGCUCCUCAACGGAUACCGGUACGCGUCGCAAAUCACCGAUCAGAUCAAGAAGUUAUUCAGUGGAUGAAUUUUGGUGUCACUAACAUCCUGUAUUAUCAGGCUAUAAGUAAAGAUACUAUGUGAUAUUUUAAAUGUAAUUUAAAACGCAUUAUAUUCUUGGAUUACGUA